AUGAGCAACCCAUCAAACCUUCGACUACCAUGNGCCUUACUAGAUGACGCUAGUGACACAACAUUUAUUACAACCAACGUUAAAGAGAAACUUGGAAUCCCCGGUGUUAGUUCGAAGCUCAUUCUCAGCACCAUGCUUGGAAGGGAAGAAGUCUCCGUUUCCCGAGUUGAUGGAUUAAUAGUCGAGAGGAUUGACCAACGUGUUCAAGUGGAACUACCUAAGACCUACUCUAGGGAUCGGAUACCUUCAAGAAGGGACCAAAUUCCCAGGCCAGAGGUUGCAGCAGCAUGGGCGCAUCUGAAAAAAAUCGAGGAUAAGAUAAUGCCUUAUCAAGAGGAAGUAGAGGACGGAUUGCUGAUUGGCUGCAAUUGCCCAAAGGCCAUUAAACCUAAAGAAGUCAUCGUUGGUAGAGGAGAAGACCCCUAUACAGUUCGCACUUUGUUAGGUUGGGGAAUAAUUGGCCCGGUCAGCUUGUUAGAGUGUGGAGAAAGCGAUCGUGAAGAGCAAGUAGCCUCAUCUUGCAACCGGAUUAUAGCAUGUGAAGUUGACACCGGCCACCACAACAUCAGUCGUAGCUUUGUGUUGAGUUCUCAAACCAAGGAAGAGAUAACUCCCUUCUCAGUUAAGCGUAUGUUCGAACAAGAUUUCUCCGAUCGAUGUAGCAACGACCCAGGACUUUCCAAAGAGGACAGGAGAUUCCUCACUAUUGCAAGGGAAGGAAUUACCCAGUUGGAAAACGGUCAUUACAAGCUGCCUCUCCCCCUCAGAGAUCCGAACCUAAGGCUACCGAACAAUCGAGACUUAGCUCUACGUCGAUUGUCACAGCUGAAGAGAAGAUUCCUCGCUGAUGAAAGAUACCGUGAAGACUAUGUGACGUUCAUGGAGGGUGUCAUAGGAAAAGGUUAUGCCGAAAGGGCAAGAAAGGUCUUCCUUACCAACAAAGACGCGAAAACAUCUGAAGGGAACCAAAGUGCCGCGUCGUCGCCCCAUUCAAGAGAAACAAAUAUUUGGUAUAUUCCUCACCAUGGGGUAUACCAUCCAAAGAAGCCGAAUAAAAUACGCGUGGUGUUCGACUGUGCUGCAGAGUUCAGUGGAAAGUCACUGAAUAAAAACCUUCUGCAAGGUCCGGAUUUAACAAACACCCUUACUGGCGUCCUCAACAGAUUUCGUCAAGAACCCGUAGGUAUCAUGUGCGAUAUAGAGUCUAUGUUUUACCAAGUCCACGUGACAGAAGAGUUUAGAGACUUGUUGCGCUUCUUCUGGUGGGAAGGUGGUAACUUAUCCAAGAGUCCAGUAGAGUACAGAAUGACGGUGCACCUAUUUGGAGCUACCUCAUCUCCAGGUUGCGCCAACUUUGCCCUUAAGAGAGCAGCGCAGGACGGUGAGGACGAGUUUGGGUCUGCGGCUGCAGACUUUCUACGAAAGGAUAUCUACGUUGAUGACGGUUUAAAAUCCUGUUCCAGAGUUGAGGAAGCAACCAUGCUGAUAUCAUCUGUGAAAAAGAUGGGCAAGAAGGCAGGGUUUAAUCUGCACAAGUUUGUUUCGAAUAAGAAAGAAGUUUUGAGAAGCAGUCCAAUUUCUAAUCGAGCUGAUGACCUCAAGAACAUAGACCUCGAUCUGGACAAGCUGCCCAUGGAGAGAGCACUCGGGGUACAUUAG